AUGACGGCGAUCCGGGCGCUCCUGCUCUGCUCCUGCCUGGGGCUGCUGCGACCGGGGGGCGGGCAGCCCUUCCUGCGGCUGCGACCCUCGCCCAGCGACAACCUGCCCGUCAAAGACAUCGUGGAGCACCCGGAUCCCGAGUACGACCCCAAGGAGCAGGACCUGGACGAGAGGACUCUGAGGAAGAAGCUGGGCAGCCAUUUCGACCCCGGUUUCAUGGCCGUGGCCGUGCCGGGGCCGGCCAACGCCUCGGGCGCCGAGGCGGCGGCGGGGCGGGGGCGGGCGGCGCUGCCGGCCGAGCUGCGGCGGCUGGAGCUGGGUCCGCCCCAGGGACCGCGCCUCAAGGUGGGCAAGAAGGCGCGGCGGAAGGUGCUGCAGUGGCUCUGGGCGUACACCUACUGCCCCGUCCUCUACACCUGGAAGGACCUGGGCGUCCGCUUCUGGCCCCGCUACAUCAAGGAGGGCAACUGCUUCGCCGAGAAGUCCUGCUCGCUGCCCGAGGGCAUGUUCUGCAAGCCCGUCAAGUCGGUCACCAAGACCUUCCUGCGCUGGCACUGCCAGGGCUGGUCCAGCCAGAAGUACUGCACCUGGAUCCCCGUGCAGUACCCGCUCAUCUCCGAGUGCAAGUGCUCCUGCUAG